ACAGAAGAUAUUUACACUAUUGUAAUAUCACAAGUAUGGUGUAGAAAAGUUUAGCAAAUUUAUUCCGUCAAGCGAAUCCAGGAUUAUCUGAGUAUAAUGUUGAAGUAAAGAUUAUAAUUGUUAGGGUAAAAUGAGUUUUUCAAGUGUGAGUGAUUACUUGUUUAUCGACUUUAUCGGUGUGGGAAGUAAUUCAACAGUUUUUUUAGCAGUACGAAAGGUAAACAUUUUUGAUAAUCUAGAUGAAACGCUGGCGAUAAAAUGUAUCAAUAUAUCAAAACUAUCAAAAAGAACUAUCGAAAAAAUCGUCGAGACAAGUAAUAAAUUGAAGUCAUUAAAUCAUGAAAAUAUUGUGCAGUUGAAGGACUUUUUUAUAAAUGGACCGCGAAUGUAUUUCGUUAUGGAAUAUUGCGAUGGCGGCUCAAUUUCGAAUUAUCAAAUGAGUUUGUUGGUUUGCCAACAAAUCAUGCGACAGUUAGCUUCAGCAUUGCAAUAUUUGCACAGCCACAAUAUUUUUCAUAUGAAUUUAAAACCAAAAAAUUUAUUGAUCUUGUCAAAACCUUUAACACUCAAGAUUGGAGAUUAUGGUUUUGCCCAACAUUUAUCCCACAAUGAAUACAAAUUACACAUACAUGGAUCACCACUUUAUAAGGCACCGGAAAUCUUAUUAGACGAAAAAUUUGAUAAUCGAAUCGAUCUUUGGAGCAUAGGUAUUAUCAUGUAUGAAUGGAUUUUUAAUAAGCCACCAUUUUUUGGUCUUAUUCCUGAAAUGACGGAUAAAAUCAAGAAGUGCCAACGAAUCGAGAUUCCACAAAUACCUCGUAUUUCCAACGAAUGCAAGCAUCUUCUGAGUUCCUUGCUUCAGCGCAACCUUGAAUAUCGCUUUAAAUUCGAGGACUUCUUCUCCGAUAAGUUUUUGGAUUUGGAACAUAUUCCGUGCGAGAAAAACUUUAUAAAAGCGGUAAAACUUUUACAAAAUGCUGCUCAAUUGGAAUUUGGAAAUAAAUUGAAAGAAGCCUUCGAUUUGUAUUCCAAUGCUAAGAAAUAUUUUGUUCCUAUGUUAACAAGCGAUAUUUUUGAAAACAGGAAAAACGAAAUACAAUUACACAUACAUGAUAUAAUCUAUCAUAUGGAGGAGAUCAGAUUUAAAUUAUUGUAUGAUGAUUCAGUGAAUAUGUAUGAAAGUCAUAGAGUACUGACAAAGCCACCGAUCCAUUGUAAUAUGAUUCCAAAAAGAUUGUCACCAAUAUUAAAAGGAAGUGUGAAAUAUCUCUAUAAAAAAUUACGAAAACUUAGUGUGCCUUUACCAGAAAUAAACUAUGGACUAGAAUUAGGAGCAUUUGGAGUGUAUUAUCUUUGUGAGGGCGAUUACACACGAGCUAAAGAAUUAUUCGAAAAGGCUUUAAAUGAAUUAAUACCACUACUGAGAGACGAACCACCUAGUAUCAAAAGAGAAAUACUGAAAAAUCAGGUGGACUUUUGGAAUAGAUUACUAAUAGCUGCAGAUAGUCAUUUUACAACAAACGAUAUAUAUACAACACUUGCUAUUAAGUCUAGGGAACUUUGCGUAAUACAAUAAGAUGCGAUUAUUUUCGUGAUUGCGAAAAUAGUAAAAAGUAAUACGAAUAAUAUUACGUAAUUAUUAUUCUUAUUAUUAUAUUUAAGGUUUAGUGUGUUAAUGUCAUUUGGUUAUUUUUGUAUUUUCUUACUAUUUGUAGUA